AUGAGUAUUACACCCCUUACAAAGGCCGAGAAGGAAGCUGUACAAGCCUUAAAAGCUGACUUGGACAGGGUCAAGACUGCUGCCAACAUUCCUUCUGAUUAUAAACUUUGGGACAUUUCACUUGAUAAGGACUCGACUGAUCCCAAACUUGAUGUUUUGUUGGUCAAGUUCUUAAGAGCCAGAGACCUUGAUUUAACCAAGGCUUCUCAAAUGUUGAUUGACACGUUGAUUUGGAGAAAAGAUUUCAAGACGGAUGAGAUUUUGGAUCAAGUCUACGAUGAAAGUGUUUUAGGGUCUGUCAGUUACGUUUACAAGACGGAUAAAGAAGGUCGACCCGUAUGUUAUAACUUUUAUGGCGAUAUUGACCAAGAAGAAGUCUUUGGCGACGUAGAAAAGUUUAUUCGGUGGAGAGUGCAGGUGAUGGAGAGAGGAGUUCAAUUGAUUGAUUUUGUUGAAACCGACUCCAUGGUAGUCAUUCAUGACUAUCAUAAUGCUUCUUUGUUUGGUCGUUCUUCAAAUGCAAAAGCCGCUACCAAGGAGAUUAUUAAAAUUAUGCAAGAUAACUAUCCAGAGUUCUUGGCCGUCAAAUAUUUUGUCAAUGUGCCCUAUUGGGGAAGUAUGAUCUUUAAGCUGAUUCGUCCCUUGUUAUCUGAAGCUACUACCAAAAAGUUUAUCGUGUGUUCAAAUGACGAGGUACAUGCAUCUUUGACAAAGUCUAUCAGCAACCACAAUUUACCUCUUGUGUAUCAAUCCUCAACCCCUGCAACAUCAGUUACAGAAUCUGCCAAAAACCCCACCAUUACUUUGUAG